AUGGUCCAAGACUGCCUCGCUUUCUUCACCCUAGUCAAGCAGCAAGAACCCCAAUUUCUAAACGUCCCUUAUUUUCUCUACAGCGAGUUCAUGGGCGGCGCCAUUUGCCUUAUGAUCCACUUUGCGGAUCUGGAAGCUGUUCAAGGGGCGAUUUUGGUGGCACCCAUGUGUAAACUUUAUGAUAAGGUGAAACCCAGGUGGCCAAUUCCUCAAAUUCUAACGUUCUUGGCCAAAUUCUUUCCCAGCUUGGCCAUUGUGCCCACCGUGGACCUCAUGUACAAGUCUGUUAAGGUGGGGAAGACGUUGAUUGCUAGUUGCCUAAGCAAGAAGAAGGAUAUGGGAAUCGAGCAAUGUCGAGGACAAGGUGAGAGAGUCAGUAUCAGAUCCAGUGGACUCCAUUCUUUUCUGUCAGGGAAGGAAACCUUAAAAUUGGAUGAAACUACAUCGAAACGAACGGCAGGGGCUAAAUUGACCAUUUAA